AUGCUACCCGACUACGACCGCAAAGACACGAUGGACGACGAGAAGGCCACCGAGACUCGCAUCGAAGACACGACGAACGCCACAGUUGAGCCCGUCUACAAAGUCUCUCCUCGCGCUAUCGGCUGCGUCGUCGGGGCAUCCUUUGCCCUGUUCGCCGCAACGUUUGGUGUGACUUCGACGGGCGUGUACGCCGCUUCCAUUGGCGUCGGAGCGGGCGACGCAAGCGCCACGCCUUGGUUCUCCAACACCGCACAGAUCUGCCAAGCCAUCCUUGGACCGCUCUUCUCGCUCAGCGCCGACCUUUGGGGCCGCAAGCCCUUCAUGGUCGUCGGACUGGCGGUCGGCUGCAUCGGCGGUAUCGUCACGAGCACGUCGCACAUGCACCAAGUUGCCCUCCUCGGCGCCGUACUCACCGGCAUCGGUUUCGCGACACAAGGCUUAUACGUCGCCGUCUGCUCCGAGGUCAUGCCUCGCUCGCAGAGGCCCAAGGUUCAGGCCGUCUUGAACGUCGUCGGCUCGUCGGGCGGCGCUUUCGGCAUCGCGGCUGGCGGGCUUUACGUCAAGUAUAACGUCGUUGGCGCAGGAUGGAGGAUGGCGAGUCCCGCGCUCUUCCCGCUUGUCGACCUUCCUGACCAGGUUUCCCUUCCGCAGAUCUAUGCUACGCUCGCCAUCGUCUACGGACUCGCCUCGAUCACCAUUCUCCUCUGCUACCGCCCGCUCCAGAAGCGCCCGGACGUCUCGGCCGUCUUCCACCAGCGCAACCCCGCCCUCGUGCUCGACCUCGUCGGCGUUGCGCUUCUCCUCUGCGGCAUCCCUCCGCUGUACUACGGCUUUGUGUCCGCACUCAACCCGUACAAGUGGUCGGACGCGCAUGUUCUUGCACCGCUCCUGACCGGUGUAGCCGGCCUCGUCGCCUUCGGCUUUUGGGAAUGGAAGGGCAACAAGGAGGGUCUCCUCCACCACGCCCUCUUCUCCAAGUCCCGCAACUACGGCCUCUCGCUCGCCCUCCUCUUCCUCGAAGGCAUCCUCUUCUUCUCCUUCAACGCCUUUUGGUCGCGGGAAGCGAGCCUGAUCCUCGGUCUGCCAGCUUGGCUUGCCGGUCUCAAUUUCCUGUGGUUCUACAUCAUCAGUGUUCUCGCUACUCCCGUCUUUGGUUGGGCGUCGCAGCGCUUUAAGGAAGUGCGUGGCGGUUUGACGGUCGGGUUCGGACUCUUCUUGGCGGCGAGCAUCGGCAUGGCAACCGUCAACCCCGGCAGCCGCAUCGCCUUCCGCGCCUACGCCGUACUCGGCGGUAUCGCCUUCGCCAGUCCGCUUACCCUCAUGUCCGUCUGCGCUCAACUCGCCGCCCCGCCCCAACUCCUCGCCCUCGCCUCGAUCAACCUCCUCGUCUCGCGCGCUUUGGGCGGAGUCGUCGCCGUUGCAUGCUACAACGCCGUGACCAAGACCAGGCUCGCCGCAAACCUCGGACCUCGACUGGCGGCGGCCGUCACGCCGCUCGGAUUCCCUGCGAGCGAAAUGGAGGGCCUCGUCCAGGCCGCCCAGCUUUCUGGACCGCAAGGUGUCGCCGCGCUCAAGCAGCUCAACGGAAUGACGCCAAGCAUUAUCGAAGCUGUGCAGGCUACCAUGCCGCAGAUCUACGCCGACAGCUACCGCUGGGUAUGGGUCAUCGCCGCCCCCGUCGCACUUAUCGCCAUUGUCCUCAUCUGGCAGCUCGAGCCUAUCGCGCCGAUGAUGACCGCACGCAUCGACGCUCCGGCGGACGUAAAGGCGGAGGCGCAGUCGUCGCUCGAGCGGGAUGUCGAGACGCUCUGA